AUGACUGAGAAUCUCUACAGACAUUUGAAGAAGUGCCAGAAGAAGAGAUCAUGCUCAAGAGUCAUACCCAAAAACUACCAGCAGCUCAUGGCCUUGGUGUCUGCAGUCUCAGAGGUCAACAAAGAUCUAGUUCUCUUGUCCAACGUCACCCUUGGCUUCACCAUCUAUAGCAAUUCUCAGACUGAGAUGUCAAUUUCCUCAAACAGCGUCUUCCUGCUCUCCACACGAGGCCAAAUGGUUCCAGGUUACAAAUGUGACAUGAAGGACCCUCUGCUCUCUGUCAUUGGAGGUCUCAAAUCCAAAUCCUCAAGGCAGAUGGCCUCCAUCUUCAGCAUCUUCAAGAUCCCACAGCUCGGUGUUGGCUUUGAGUUCACUCAGGGAGACAGAAGAGUUUAUCCUUCCUUCUUCCGGAUUAAUCCCAAUGAGUUUCUUCAGUAUGUAGGCUUAAUCCAGCUGCUCCUGUACUUCCAGUGGAACUGGGUUGGGCUUAUGGCUCCUGAAGACGACAGUGGAGAACGUUUCAUCUCAUCUCUGACGCCAAUGCUGAAGGAGAAGGAGAUCUGCUUGGCCUUCACAGAAAAGUUGAAAUUGAAUUUUCUUGCUACUCCAAUGUUGGAAUUUGUUCAUAUUUUCAAAACAUGGUCUAAAGCUGAAGUGAUGAUUCUGUUUGGAGACCCCAACAGUAUUAGAAAUAUUCUCCCCUAUCUGAGGAACAUCAAAUUCAACAAUAGUGCUGGAGAGGAAGUCUCCUUCUUAGAAAAUGGAUUGUUGUCUGCUCUAUAUGAUCUUCUCAACUGGCUUUUCCUCCCCAAUCAAUCUUUUGUCCCUGUGAAAGUGGGGCAAAUAAAUCCCGGAGCGCCCCCAGGCCAGGAUUUCACCAUUAACUCCGAUGCAAUCAUCUGGACCAAAAAGGUGCCUUUUGCCAGGUGUGGCCUGAAGAGGUGCCAGGCAGGAGAGAGGAGAAGAGUUCCAGAGGGCGAGCAGGUUUGCUGCUACAAAUGUGAACAUUGUCCAGAAGGAACCAUUUCUAAUCAAACAGGUAAUAUAGACCAGCCUCGCUGUGACCCUUGCUCUGAUGACCAGUACCCCAACUAUGACAACAACCACUGCAUUGCCAAGAAGGUCCAUUUCCUUGCCUAUCAAGAUACCUUGGGAUACACUUUAAUUUCUCUCUCUCUUUCUCUCUUUGUGAUCACAUUGGCAGUCCUGGCAAUUUUCCUUAAACAUCGUGACACACCAAUCAUCAAGGCCAACAACCGAGAUCUCACCUAUAUCCUCCUGGUCUCUCUGCAGCUCUGCUUCCUCUGCUCCUUCCUCUUCAUUGGUCAACCUGGAAAGUUCACCUGUCUCUUCCGACAAACUGUCUUUGCCGUUAUCUUCUCCCUUGCAGUUUCCUCUGUAUUAGCCAAAACUCUCAUGGUGGUUCUGGCAUUCAUGGCCACCAAGCCAGGGAACAAGACAAGGAAACUCUUAGGAAAACCACUGACCUACUCCAUUGUCUUAGUCUGUCCUUUCAUCCAAGGAAUUAUUUGUGCCAUCUGGCUAGUCACCUCUCCUCCAUUUCCCAACUUGGACUUCUACUCCUUGGUAGGAGAGGCCAUCUUGGAAUGUAAUGAAGGCUCAGAUUCAAUGUUUUAUGCUGUCCUCACCUAUCUGGGUUUCCUGGCCCUGGUCAGUUUCACAGUGGCCUUUAUGGCUAGGAAAUUGCCUGACAGCUUUAAUGAAGCCAAGUUCAUUACUUUUAGCAUGCUGGUCUUUUGCAGUGUUUGGAUCACCUUCCUCCCCACCUACCUGAGUACCAAAGGGAAGUCCAUGGUGGCCGUGGAGAUCUUCUCCAUUUUGGCCUCUGGAGCUGCUCUCUUGGCCUGUAUCUUUUCCCCCAAAUGUUACAUUAUUUUACUGAGGCCUGACCUGAAUUGUCGAGAGAAUAUAAUGAGGCACAAGAAUUUCUGAUUUAUGAAGGAAUUGGGAAAUGUAUUUUGAUUUUUGGACAUUUCUCAAAAGGGAUAAGUGAGAAAAGGACUUGUGCAUUAUAUAGUUGGAAAUUGUGUGAUUGACUGUUCACAAAGUAUUGGUUAAUCAACAACAAUCACCCACUCUUUUUUUUUAUUAAUGCCAGGUGUCCAUAGAGAGGCUGCA